AUGGCCUCCUCAGAACCGUCAUCAUCAUCUGCUUCUUCUGCUGCCGAGGCUCCCUCAUCCCCUCCUUCUCCGAAGGGCAAUGCGUUCUUUAGACGAUGGCAACGGGAAUUUUCGCUCCUUACAGGUUUAGGGAUAGACGAGGAUGAGCGCGUAAACACCAUUAACCGACGAAAUUGUGAGCGUUGGAAGAGGGAAUUGUUCCAUUACAGUCCAUCCGUGACCUUCAUGUUGAAGCACCUGAAGCUCGAAGGUGCCGAAGUAGGACCCGAACACUUUCCCUGUGUCCCUUGUGACCUACAGCGUGCUGGCGGUUUCGACCAUACCACGGGGAAUGUAAUCCUAUGCCAGGGUAACUUUGGAAGCAAGAAGCACAUGGAACAUACGAUGACACACGAACUCGUUCACCUAUAUGACAACGUCAAGUUCAAGGUCGACUGGCUGAACCUCCGGCACCAUGCUUGCAGCGAGAUUCGCGCAAACAGCCUGGGUGGGGACUGCAAGUGGCUGCGCGAGAUUCAACGUGGGCAAUUCAGCUUCUCGAAGCAGCACCAGGCUUGCGUUCGCCGACGUGCGGUCUUGUCAGUCAUGUCCAAUCCAGCGUGUACCGACAAGGCUGCCGCUGAGAGGGCCGUGAACGAGGUCUGGGAAUCCUGCUUUAAUGAUACAAGACCGUUUGAUGAGAUAUAUUGA